GUCCCUCCCUAAAGGUGCUAACCGAGCUAGCUGUGUGUCUCUGGCAUGGUGUUUUCCUGGUCACGAGCUAGCUACGUCAAUGUCAGUCGGUAAAGCGAGAGUCGUCAUUUCAUUCUCCGAGGGACUAGGCGCACAACUCGUCUUUAGAAAGUGACGUGGAAGCUCCACAAUGGUGAAAAUAUUCAUCGGGAACUUGUCGCCUGACACCACAUCAGAUGAACUUCGCUCGCUCUUCUCCCAAUAUGGCAAAAUUGGAGAGUGCACGAUUGUCAAGAACUUUGGCUUCGUGCACAUGGACGACAAAGCGGAGGCAGAGGAAGCCAUCAGCAACCUCCACCAUUACGAGCUGAAUGGCAUGCCGAUGAACGUGGAAAUGAGCCGCAGCAAGUCGAAAGGAUCCACCAAACUGCACGUCGGCAACAUUGCCUGCACCAACCAGGAGCUGAGGGCCAAGUUUGAGGAGUUUGGCUCUGUGGUGGAGUGUGACAUAGUAAAAAAUUAUGCUUUUGUCCACAUGGAUCGAAUGGAGGAUGCUGUGGAGGCCAUUAAUCAUUUAGACAACACGGCUUUUAAAGGCAAACUGAUGAGCGUGAAGCUUUCGACUAGCCGCCUGCGUACUGCGCCGGGAAUGGGAGACAGAUCGGGUUGUUAUCGUUGCGGGCAGGAAGGCCACUGGUCCAAAGAAUGCCCCCUAGACCAAAAUGGCUUCCACAGAAACGGCUCAGAGCCAAAGUCUGAUGGAUACGAUGACUCGAGAUUUGGCGAGCGUGCUCGCAACAGGGGUUAUCAACCGGACUUCAGUGGCGACCCAGAUUAUGGUGCCGGCUAUGCCCCUGCACAUGGUUUUUCCCGGGGUGCCGGUCACGGCGGCAGCAUGGCGGGUUACGGAAGGGGUUCGGGCUACGAGAGUGCAAUGAGAUACGGGCCGCACCCCGGUUACGGCUUAAGCGCUGUCGCCGAACAUAGCAUGGCUCGGAUGUACGGCAGCGAGGUGGCACACAGGAGCAACGGCUCGCUCUAUGGCGCGGUACCAGCCUACCCGAUGCGACGGUCGCCUUACGAGGAACGGGAUCCGUACGGGGUCGUGGACUACUACGAGAAGUACAGGGCCAAUGCUUUCGGAGGCAGUUAUUUCGAGGAACACCGCGCCGUCCCAUUGCCUGCUCCAUCAACAUCAUCUUCCACGGCUUUAAUGAGGGAUCGCCUGCCCCCCUCUAGCCUCGACCCAUACGAGUGCCCCCCCCUCCCUCCUCAACCAGCCCCGGUCUCCUCAUACUACGCACGUGACCGGAGUCCGAUUCGGAGAGUCCCAGUCGAGGCAGAUGGAUUCUCAUAUGAGCGUUCGCGCCUUUCCCCAGUGCCGGCCCUCCCAAGGAGCUCUUCCUAUGACCAUCCGGGCGCUGAUCGGGCACGCUAUACAUACUAAUCCUUGUCCCACACAGCCAGGUGAGAGCUGCCUGUCAUUUAGUGGAUAGGAUAGCCGAAGUGCCAUUGGAAUCACUGAAAAUGAAACGUUAAACAUAACAUCUCAUUGGUAAUAUCAAAGGCCAAGAGUGUACAUGAGGAGGGGGUACUAAGAAUGAGGCCACAAUAAAGCUCACCAACCAUAAUAUCCAACGAGUAGAUUACAACUUGAAUGCUCGAAUGCCCUCACAUGCUAUGAUCUCAUUCUAGGUACAUUCAAAAUGCAGAACAACUGAUACUAAGUCGACCACCUUUCAUUGUCCUAUUUACGUGUCGUGGUAUUGCUGCAGUUCUAAGUGCAGAUACUGGGUUCAUCUACAACCUGGCUGACGUCUCUUCAUGAGACUGAAUCUUUGACCCUCUGAAAGAAGCUCUAUGUUUAUACACUAUUUAGUCUGAGUAGAAACAAAUUAAAUUAGUGCAUGGUGCAUGUUUUAAAGGUUAGUCAAAAUUGGAUUUAACAAUUUUUUUUCAGAAGCAUCUAAUGUUUUACUAUGUGUGUUUUAGUGUAUUUGUGUUUGUAAGUUCACAUUGUUACUGCAUACGUGAAGGAAGAGUACUGUAUGCUUCAUCACCUACAUUGUUUAACUCGUGGGCUUUAACGUCACACCUGUACCCAAAUAUGGACUUUCACAGUUAAAAAUGUAUGACACUUAGGUUACAUCAUACUUUUUGUGAAAUUAACUUUUUAUCAAAUGACAUUGUGAACAUGUUUUUUUGUUUUUUGUUUUUUUGGGGUAAAUAGUCACAUUAAAUAGAUUUUCAUUUCCGUGAUGAAUAUGAACCUUCACAUCUUGGACAUAUGCUGGAGUUUCAUAAUGCUUUUUGUCUUGAUUUCUAACAUCCAGGUAAAAAUUAAAGUCUGUCUAAAG